AUUCCAUUCGAGUUUUGUUAUGGGGAUAAGCCGCCGCGAAUUCGGCUGCCUUACAUCCAAUUUUUGAUCAGCAUUUAUUCCACUCCCUUUGCCCUAUUUCCGCAAUUGAAGCCUACCCAUCACCCUUUCAUCUUCCCCUCCCUUCGCUGGCUACCUUAGUGCCAUCUCAAGUGUAGGAUGACCCAUAUCUCCCCUCCUGUGUAUACUGUCUGGUCAAUCCUAUCUGUGGCUCAUCUUGGGUUCCUUAUCUCCCACCUCUGGAAAUUUGAUCGAUUCCGCUGCGUGAGCACAAAUUCGGGCGCUUUUAAGCGUGUUAUGACCUUCGCCUACCUGACCGCACUCCCACUUUGUUCCGCUUACAGUAUCGGGAUGAUGGUAUUGAAGUACAGAGAGGGAUACAUGGAGUUUCCUGGGUUUGGAGUUAUUCCGAAGCCAUAUUUCUUUUGGACUGAGCAAGACAUGAAGCUCCUCAUUCCUCUCAACAUGAUCUUUGCGGUUGCGUGGGGUCUGGAAAUUGUGUCGCAUCUAGAAGAACUUUGCUUUUGGUUGUUUCUCACGGUCAUACGGCCGAGACACACCUCAUGGCUCAAGUCCAUUCAGUUCAAAAUGUGGGCUCUUGGUUCUGUUGCGGGCAUGGUGGGGAUACCUUUGACUACCUGGUUGACGCGUAACGAUCCUCUCAAGUGCGAGGCAUAUAUGUUCUUAGUUGGUAGUUCUGCAGACUUGCUUAUCACUCUAGUCUCAUUGAAAAUUCUAUGGGUCUUCCCGGGAUUUGUUGAUCGCGUCAAAUCCGCUGGGGGAGAGCCAGAGGUCGUCAUCCGAUUACUCACUUUCAGUGACCUGAAUGUCACACGUAUCGUAUUCCGUUUCGCUUUCUGUGUCCCGGUCCUUAUUCUUGCAAUCGAUGGGGUGAACCCGCAUCCACACAUCAAUGAAAAGGCACUGUGGACAGACUUCUGCGCUACUCUUGCUGGAGUGGGCCUUGUCAUUUCAUCCGCUCACACACUCCUUAUAUUCUUCCCCCGGUCAGUGGAACGCCGAACUGGCUACUCUCAUUCCCGCCGCACAAUUGGAAGACCAGAGGGAAUAUCUCUCAAACCUCUUCCUGCGCAUAACCCCCAAGCACCCGUCUCACAACAGCAUCUUGUUAGCGCCGACGGCACCUCGCACAAUCAUCAGCCCUCCUAUGUUGUCACUUCCCCACAAUCCAAACCCCGAACACUUAUCAUUGAAGAUGAUGCAGAAUAUGAUGCAGAAGAAUACGAAUCGUUCGUUAUGGCCAGGUCCAGUAAUAAGAGGACGGAGGUCUGGGAAAUGGCCAAGCAUUGGUUUUGAUCCAAACCCCCAAGGGGCCGGGCAGAGUCAUCUUGCUCAAUUGGGCACUGUCCCCAAAAGGCCGCCGAGGCGUGAUCUGAACCCAUUAGC